AUGCGUCACACGUCGUCGAUCGGGGCUUCGCAUGCGCACUACGACGAACGCGCCGCGGGUGGUUUUUUAUCCAUGUCGCGAGGGUUUAGGGUUUCGCGAACAUCGCCCGCGACCCGCGCGCGCGGCACACGCAUGCGCGCGGUCGCGAUCGCCGCGCUCGCGCUCUCGUGCGCGCGUUCGGUCGCGGCGGAGACGCGAGAGGGCUCGGGAUCGAUCGCUCGAUCGCUCGAACGCGCCGGCGUCGGGGCUCGAUCGAGCGGGGCGUCGAGAAAGGCUGCGUACGGGGCGCGGCGACGACGGGAGGUCAGCGCUCGAGCGUCGUCGAUGAGUGGGACCACGCACCCGGCGCCGAUCGUGGUCGAACCGCGGAACGGCGCGGCGGAUAGCGCGUUCAUAAUGCUCCACGGAUUAGGGGACACGGGACACGGAUGGGCGGGCGCGGCGACGCAGAUUCCGUCUCGGGGCGCGGCGCGCGUUCGGUGGAUCUUUCCCACGGCGCGAACGGUGCCGGUGACGCUGAACGGGGGGAUGCGCAUGACGGCGUGGUUUGAUCUCAACGCCCUGGACGAGGCGUCGAUCGUGGACGAUCGGAAGAUGAUCGAGGAGAGCGCGGCGUACGUUGACGCGCUCGUGCGAGAGCAAAUCGCCAAAGGCAUCCCGAGUGAAAAGAUCGUCGUCGGUGGGUUCUCUCAGGGAGGUGUCAUCGCGCUCACCGCGGCGCUGCGUUCGGAGGUCAAACUCGCGGGGUGCGUCGCGCUGUCCACGUAUCUCGCCCUUCGCGAGGACUAUCCGGGAAAAUUUGGCCCGCACGCGAAGGACACGAAGAUUUUGCAAGGGCACGGCACGCACGAUAUGGUGUUGCAGUACCAGUACGGGAAGAAAUCCGCGGAGUACUUGCAAUCACUCGGCCUGAGCGUGGAUUUCAAGACGUACGCGGGGAUGCAACACUCGGCGUGUGCGGAGGAGUUUGACGACUUAUCCGACUACUUGAAGACUGUGUUAGCCUGA